AUGAAUAGAGAGAUUAACUUCUUUUUAGGUCUUCAAGUGAAACAAGUACCGCAAGGCAUAUUCAUUCAUCAAGAGAAAUACACCAUUGAACUAUUAAAGAAAUAUGCAAUGGACAACGGUUCAUCUGCUAAGGUCCCCAUGGCCUUCGGUUAUAAGAUCUCUGCUGAUCCCUCAGGCAAAUUUGAGGAUCACAAGACUUAUAGAGGCAUUAUAAGCUCUUUGAUGUACCUCACCGCAAGCAGACCAAAAAUUGCUUUUGCAACUGGUGUUUGUGCAAGGUAUCAGGCUGACCCAAAAGCAUCUCAUCUAACCGCAGUCAAACAGAUUCUAUGGUACCUGAAAGGAAGCAAAUCUCUUGGUCUAUGGUACCCCGCAGGCAAUGACUUCAGCCUACAAGCCUUCAUAGAUGCGGAUCAUGCCGGAUGCAAGCUCGAUCGAAAAAGCACUUCAGGUGGAUGUCAAUUUCUUGGUGAAUGUCUCGUCAGCUGGUCUUCAAGGAAACAAAGUUGUGUCUCUCUAUCAACUGCAGAAGCCGAUUCCUCAAUGCAGUCUUUCCUUUGUUCAUCCGCGAUGACGUUUCUCAACCUCAAUGACGUUUCCAUCCGCGACCAUCAUGAUGAUUUCCUAACUGUUUCAUCAACUCUCAAAUCUUUGUGUGUUAUUUAA